ACUGUACUCGGAAAUUGUACUUCCAACCAUUUUGUUCACAAACAUCAAGAAAUCGCGUGUUUACUGUAUACGCCCAUAAUCCAUAUCUUUUUUGCUAAAAAAUCUCUCUCAUUUUUCGACUUUAUUUUUGUAACUGUACCCUCCGUUCUAACCCAUAACCACACACACACACACCCAGCAUCUCUUUCAGCCACAAAAACGUAGAAAAAGAACCAUCUUUCAGCUUCUCUGCCUUUCUGCAAAGCCUAAUACCAUCAAAUUAUAACCCACCAAGUAUAAUUUACUAUCUGGGUUUGAAUGGAAAAGUUUUUUAAGAAGAACCCACAACUUCAAUUCAGGGAGUCAUUGAUGAAUAAAGUUUUCUCUUUGGGAAAAACCCAGUUUGUGGUGUAAAGGGAUGAUUUUGGAAGGAAUCAUUUCUGAAGAGUGAAAAGAUAGGAUUUUUUUGAAGGGCCAUUUUUUUCUUCUUUUUCUGAUGUUUAAAAGAAACAAUGUCACUGCUAGGAUUUUCCACCGCCAGAUUUGCACCCCUGCUCCUGGUACCAGUAUUUCCAGCGCCAGGCGAUUUUAUGAAAACAUAGUCCCUUGUCACACAAUAUAUGAUGUGGAUUGUCCUGACCAUUCCUUUCGUAAGUUCACAGAGGAUGGUCUGUAUCUGAUAAGUUUCAGUAGAAAUCAUCAGGAAGUAAUUGUUUAUCGACCAACAUGGCUGUCAUUUUCGUGUAAAGGAGAAUGUUCUGAUACUCAUACUCUUCCUCCAAAAGCUAAAAAGUUUGAAAGCUUCUUUACGCAACUCUACUCUGUCACUCUUGCUUCAAGCGGUGAGCUUAUAUGCAAAGAUUUCUUCCUUUACAUGGAGAGUAAUCAAUUUGGACUCUUUGCUACUUCAACCACAUCAAUUCAAGGUGCACCUGCUGUUGGAGAUGCAGUUCAAGGUGUCCCUUCAGUUGAAAAGAUAACUUUCCAUUUAUUAAGGUUGGAAGAUGGUGUUGUUCUUGACGAGAAGGUCUUCUGCAACGAUUAUGUCAACUUGGCACAUAGUAUGGGUGUUUUUAUGUAUGAUGAUUUACUGGCUGUUGUUUCACUUCGCUAUCAAAGGAUACACAUUCUCCAAAUCAGAGACUCAGGGAACCUUGUUGAUGUCAGGACAAUUGGUGAUUUUUGUCAUGAAGAUGAUGAGCUCUUCCUUCAUUCCAGUGUUCAGUCCAUGGUAGAUACUGAGAAAAGUAAAUUGCAUCAAGGGCCUGUUAAUCAUGCUUCAAACGGUCUGCAUCAUAGCCAACCUGCUACAGAAACUCGUUUCCUGAGUGGUUUAAAGCAGCGAUUACUUUCAUUCAUAUUUCAGGGUAUUUGGAAUGAAGAAAGUGACCCCUCAUUGAGAAUGCAAUGCCUGAAGAAGAAGUUUUAUUUCCACUUUCAAGAUUAUGUGGAUUUGAUAAUCUGGAAGGUGCAAUUUUUGGAUCGGCAUCACCUGCUGAUAAAAUUUGGCAGUGUUGAUGGUGGGGUCUCUCGAAAUGCUGAUAGCCAUCCUGCAUUCUUUGCCGUGUAUAACAUGGAGACAACUGAUAUAGUAGCAUUUUAUCAGAACUCUUCGGAAGAGCUCUGCACGUUGUUUGAACGGUUCUGUGACCACUUUCACGUGUCUGGAAAAAGUUCAUUGUAUAUGAGAUACAUAUCAACUCAUUCGAACAAUAUUCAUGCCCUUGAGCAAAUGAAGUCCAAUAAAACUAAAGCUAGCAGCGGAUCUCAGUUUGUGAAGAAGAUGCUUUCCUCUUUGCCUUUUAGUUGUCAGUCUCAGAGCCCUUCCCCCUACUUUGACCAAUCACUCUUUCGAUAUGAUGAAAAGCUGAUUUCGGCGACUGACCGACACAGACAAUUUACUGACCAUCCAAUCAAAUUCAUUUUAAGGAGGCAGCCCAAUAUCCUUAAGUUCAAAAUCAAACCUGGUACGUACUUAUUUUGGUUGAAGUUUUCAAGCUCAAGUAUAAGAGAAGUAAGAACAUAGUAUCCCUUUCUCCUUGUUUGAUUCAUUAUCAUUCAGAUUCCUGUUGUCAUUUUUAUUUUUAGGACCUGAAGCUGGUAACACAGAUAAUCGGACGAAAAAAUUUUGUUUGUUUCUUUUCCAUCCCUUCUUACCGCUCGCGCUUUCAAUUCAGCAAACUGUGUACUUGCAGCCGGCGGUUGUAAAUAUUCAUUUUCGCAGAUGAUUAUGUCCCAGUAGAUUUUUGUUCCUUCUAGACCUAGGUGGUUGUUUUAUAUCAUCAGAGGUAGGCUAAGAGGACAGUAUAAAUUUUGUAUGUCCUGUUGUAACCUUUUUACAACUGAAAUAUAGAAAAGAUACACACAAGUGGAGUUUGAUAGAGGUUUCACCGUAUAUCUGAGUUCUUUUAAAUGUACCUCUUUCUCCUUUUGUUUUGUUGCUUGUACCUUGUGACACACAUUUGGCUAUAUUUGUGUUUCCCAUCUCUAAGGUAAUUGCUUGUUCGUUCUCUUUCUUUUUGUGAGACGGGCGACAAAGGAGGACGAUGGCGGAUGUAUCUUGUUUUAUGAGAUUAUAUUUUUUUUUAUAUAACCGAUUCGUGCGAUGGAUAACACGUUAUUGAAAUUUUUUGUUUGUUUCCUUUUCUUGAUGAUAUUUUCAAAUUAAUAUAGUAAUAACUAUCCCAUCACAGUAUACUUUUUACAUUUUCGAUACACCUUUUUACAUUCUCAAUACAAAAAGCACC